CCUCCUAGGGCGGGUCGAUCCCGCCCCGCCCGGCCCAGUUCCGCUCCGUAGCUCCCGGCGCUGGGAUGGUGGAGGCUUGGUACAUGGACGAGUCCCAGGAGGACCAGCGGGCACCCCACCGCCUGCAGCCUAACCGCGCCGUCAGCCUGGAGCAGCUCCGUGGCCUCGGCGUCACCUACCGCAAGUUGGAUGCUGAUAACUAUGAGACUGAUCCAUGUCUGAAAGAGAUCCGGAGAGCAGAAAACUAUUCUUGGAUGGAUAUAAUAACCAUACAUAAAGACAAGCUUCCGAAUUAUGAGGAAAAGAUAAAAACAUUUUAUGAAGAACAUUUACACCUAGACGAUGAAAUUCGCUACAUCUUGGAUGGAUCUGGAUAUUUUGAUGUUCGAGACAAGGAUGAUAAAUGGAUCCGGAUUUCCAUGGGAAAAGGAGACAUGAUAACCCUCCCUGCUGGCAUAUAUCACCGAUUUACCCUGGAUGAGAACAAUUACGUGAAGGCAAUGAGGCUGUUUGUUGGAGAACCUGUGUGGACAGCAUACAACAGGCCAGCUGAUGAUUUUCCUGCCCGGAAACAGUAUAUGAAGUUUUUGGCUGAAGCACAGUAAUGGUGCCUGAGACCUGACAGGUGGAACAGCCUGAAGUGCUGUUAGAUAAAAUGCAACUGCUGGCUUCUGACUGAUUGUAGUUCUUCUAUUUACUUGUGCACUUAAAAUCACAGAAUAAUAGAAAAUUUUGGGCUGAAGGUCAUUUGGAGGUCACCUAGUCCAAUCCCCUGUGAAGUACUAUGCCAACUAUAUAGCUAGACCAAGUAGCUUAAGACCCUGAGGUUUGGAAACCCCUGGUGGUGGAGGUUCCACAGCCUGUCUGGGUACCUGCUCCAGCAAAUAGCCACUCUUGUGGGUAAGCAUUUUUUAAUUCAUGGGCAACUCUCUGGUUGCAAUUUGAAAUAGCUGUGCCUUGUCUUUUCAUUGAAUGCCUUAGAACAGUCUGACUGUCUUCAAAGUCCCCUCUCUAGAGAGAAACUGCAGUUACAUCUCCUCACUGUCUUCUUUCCCAGAAUAGACAAAAUCAGUGCUUUUAGCUGCGCUCUCUGCCCCUCUUUGUUGUUGAAGGAGAUGUUCAACACACUUUGCCCUAAUUUUAACUACUACUGAGGAAGGCCUCUUGAAUGCCAUCUGACAGACUUGAACCACUGGCUGUUUUCAGCCUAAUGGUCCAGGUGUUUUUCAUUAACAUUGUAGUUUAUAUCCUUCAUCUGCCUACAAGGCUACCAUGGGACAGGGCUGUUGAAUACUGUGCUGUGGUCAAGCUGAAUGAAAUCCCUUGUUUCCCCUCCACCACAGAGCCAGUCAUUGCCUUCUGGAUGGCAGUCAGGAUGAUCCGGCAGAAUGUGCCCUUUAUAAACUGGCACUGACUGUUUUUUCCCCAUCACCUGGUAUUUCAUGUGCCUGGAACAGCUUCUGUAAUGACUUUUUCUGUAAUUUGCCUGGGGACUGAAGUGAGGCUGACCAGCCUGUAGUUCCCCAGACCUUUUUCUUGCCUUUUUGAAGGUGGCUAUACAGAAGUCUUUCUGGUCAAAAAGAUUUCCUUGAUCACUGUGACCUUUCAAUAGUGCCAGCAGCCUUGCAGUGACUUUAGCCAGUUGCACUUAAAAUUGCUCAGGAAUCCUUUUUCUAGCCUUUUUUUCCUUGAUAUUUCUGGCAGGUGGGGUACAUUAGCAUAGAUUCAGAACAGAAUGAAUAUUAAUGAACUAUGUAGGAUUCUGGUUUUAAUUAAAUAAAAUAAACCUUGCUUCACUCCUGUCUAAAAAUGGUCGUGAGAUAAACUUGCAUAAUUGGCAUUUUACUAUGCAGCUUCCCUAGGUCUGUCCUGGUGCCUAAACCUGUGGUUUUCUGUCAGUAAAAUGUAGCGAUUUGCUCUUGUGAAUUAAUAAAAUUAUAUUGACUUGGG